UCUCCGUACCCGCCCGGGUUUUACCCGCCCCGACCAGUAGUAGCGUGGGGCGGGGCAUGGGAAUUGAGGUACCCGCCCCGCCCCAUUGCCAUCGCUAAUUGUUACUUCUCCGAUGCGUGCCAGUGAACGGCGGCGUUUUGGAGAACGGCGGCGAACGUGGGGCCGUUAUCACACGUAUUUGUGGUGGUGGUUUGCUAUUUGGACGUGACCCCGGUUAAAAGGGACGGCGGGGCGGCCACGGUUGCUUUAUUUUAUUAUUUUAUGUGGAGAACGACCGCUAAUAAGGAUUUUUAAAAAAGACCGGAGAUAAUUAGUUUCUUGUUAAUAACUUAGAACAUCAAGUUUCCUCUUCCGUAAAUAACUGAAUAUCAUUCAUAAAUAAUCUGGAUGGCUAAAUAAUUAAGGGGAUUGCUAAUCGUCGCCCUAAAAAUUCUUAUUUAUCGUCCUAAUUAUAUUAAAUUUACUAUAAUGUCCUUAGUUUAUUUUUUUUUUUUUUUUAAAAAUAAAAAAAAUUUUUUUUUUUUAAUUUUUUUUAAAAUUUUUUUUUAAUUUUUUUUUUUUUAAAAAAAAAUUUUUUUUUUUUUUUUUUUUUUUUUUAAUUUUUUUUUUUUUUUAUAAAAAAAAAAAAAAAAUAAAAUUAUUUUUUUUUAAAAAAAAAAAUUUUUUUUUUUUUUUUUAUUUUAAAAAAAUUUUUUUUUUUUUUUUUAAAAAAAAAAAAAAAAAAAAAAAAAAAAAAAAAACAAAAAGAAAAAAACAAAAAAAAAAACCAAAUUUUUUUUUAUUAAAGGAGCCAGCUUUUGCAUUGCUCUGAAUUUUGAUAGGCGAUAGCUUGGGGAUUUGGAAUUUUUUGUUUUUUGUUUUUUUGUCCAGUGGGUUGCAGGAACAAGACUUGUUUCACCACCGAGAUCGGAGCCUAUCUGCUGUACUUAGUUGCCAACUUGCCGUGACGAAAACGAGCUGGACAUGUUCAAUGCGGCGCGGGUGGAAUACAACAUGGCGGGGAGCGAAUCCGGCAGCAGGACAUCGUGGCGGGAGAAGUUAUGUUCAAUGCGACGCGGGUGGAAUACAACAUGGCGGGGAGCGAAUCCGGCAGCAGGACAUUGUUGCUAGGUUUUAGUUUGUUUGAAGUUAGGGGUAUAAGUGUCAAUUUAGUGUGGUUUAGGGCGAUUUAUUUUGAAUAUUAGGGCGACGAAUAGCAAUUCAGAUAAUUAAUAGGUAAAAUUGUGUAUUUUAGGCUGACAGGUAAUAACAUUAUUGGUUUCGAUUUUGAAGUCACUUAUUGAAAUUUCAUGACUUAUUUUGCUAACCCUUUUAACUAUGAGGUCACAUAUUUGAAUUUCAGGUUCGUUUUGCUAAUCCUCUUUCCGUACCAUGUUAACAAUAGGUAGGAAUUCUUUGGGCCAUAAAUACUAAACUAUAGGAUGGUUAAUCUAGUAUGUUGGAUGUAUUAUAAUGAAUCAAAACCGUUGCGAAUUAAGUUUAUCCUAGGUAUAGGAUUUAAAGAAUUAGAAUCUAGGUUUUACUUUUUAGUUUUUAGACUUUAAGGUAUACUAUCAUUGCUCUGACAUUCAAUUAACUUAAGAUAUAAAGAGCAAUUUCUUACUAAGAGUACCUGAUAUUGAGCACUUCUACUAUACUCUAAAGUAUUGGUGAUUUAAUGUACAACUUAAAGUUGUACCAUUAUGUUAAAUGUAUAAAUUCAGGUUGUACCAUAAAGCAACUUGUACCAUUAUGUUAUGGAACAAGUUCACAACUUGAAGUUGUACCACAACAUAAAGAUACAAGUUCAAGUUGUACCAUAAAAAAAUUUGUACAAAAAGUAUAUGUGCAAUCUGAAGUUUUACCAUAACAUUGAAGGUACAAUUUCAAGUUAUACCAUAUUUAUCAAAGUAAGAGAAAGCCCCUCGAUUUUGAUUCUUCCAAAGUUUGAAAUAUGAAUUUCGGUCUCUUUCUUUUGCCCCUCGAUUUUGGUUCUUUCAAAGUUGAAACAUAAUAUCAGGUGAGGAAUUUUACAAUGCGACGCAUUGUAAAAUUCCUCACCUGAUAUUAUGUUUCAACUUUGAAAGAACCAAAAUCGAGGGGCAAAAGAAAGAGACCGAAAUUCAUAUUUCAAACUUUGGAAGAAUCAAAAUCGAGGGGCUUUCUCUUACUUUGAUAAAUAUGAUCACUACUUGUAGUCUGUAGAAAAGGAAAAAGGAAGAAAUCAAAGUGGAAACCCCACCAUAGUGUAGAGGGAUAAAGAAUCACAGGCAAAACUACUAGUAAGUUGAACUAAAUAAAGCCCAACAAUUCUGGCUGAGGAGCCCAAAUCGAAAACACAGGGCUCAGAGAUAGAACAUUGGUCUUAACCAACCCAAGCCCAUUUUAAUUUUAUCGACUUCCCAAAAAAAAAAAAAAAAAUUACUCCGGUUCUUGGAGAUCUGGCGGUGAAAACCAAAGCUUUGCUACCUGCUACUAGCGCCUAGCGGAAAGGCAGAACUGUAAAGCAGCAGACGUUAAUGGCGGACUGACUAGUACUGAAGGAGUGCGAUAGAGUGACAGAAACAGCAAACCGCAAAGACUGAUCUCCCUCGCUGUAGCACGAUGAAAUGGUACUUCGUCGCCGUGCUUCUCACCGUUCUAACUAGCUCUCAGGGAAUCUUGACUACUCUGUCUCAAACUAAGGGAAGCUAUCUCUAUGAUUAUGCAACCGUUCCAUUUCUAGCAGAAUUCUUCAAGCUGCUGGUAUCUGGUUUACUUCUGUGGCGGGAAUUUCGGGUAACACCGUCGAUGCGAAUAACCACUGAAUGGAAGACUGUGCGGUUGUAUCCAAUCCCGUCCAUCAUAUACCUGAUUCAUAACAAUGUUCAGUUUGCUACACUCACCUAUGUAGACACCUCCACGUAUCAGAUAAUGGGCAAUUUGAAGAUUGUUACCACUGGGAUAUUAUUCAGGUUGUUCCUUAAGAGGAAGCUCUCUAAUCUCCAAUGGAUGGCAAUUAUUCUGUUGGCUGUUGGAACAACCACUAGCCAGGUUAAGGGUUGUGGAGCAGCUUCCUGUGAAUCUCUGUUUUCAGCUCCAAUUCCAGGUUACAUGCUGGGUGCUCUCUCUGCUUGCCUCUCAGCGUUGGCUGGUGUUUACACAGAGUUCCUAAUGAAGAAGAACAAUGACAGCUUGUACUGGCAGAAUGUGCAAUUGUAUACAUUUGGAGUGUUAUUCAACAUGGCAAAGCUUAUAGUAGAUGAUUUCCAAAGUGGGUUUGAAAAGGGGCCCUGGUGGCAGCGUCUCUUUAAUGGAUACAGCGUAACCACGUUUCUAGUUGUUUUGAAUCUUGGCUCGACUGGUUUGUUGGUAUCAUGGUUGAUGAAGUAUGCUGAUAAUAUUGUGAAGGUCUAUUCCACAUCCAUGGCAAUGCUGCUGACGAUGGUUUUAUCAGUACUCCUAUUUUCAUUCAAGCCUACUCUUCAGCUCUUCUUGGGUAUCAUCAUAUGUAUGAUGUCACUCCACAUGUAUUUUGCCCCUCCACACGUUCUUGUGGAUUCGCCACCCAAACUCAAACCUGUUCCUGAGGCCCUACAAGAAGUUUCUAUCGAUCGAAGGACCGAUUCCUGAAAGACUCUGGCCUAGGUAGCAACUACUGGUUUUUGUGACCAUGUCAUUUCAAGUACCAUCCAAACUGGCGACAUGUUCCAUCGAGAGAUGAGAAGCAAUAUUGUUCUUCAGAAUUUGGCAAAAUCCUCUGAAAUUUACAAGCCCAUCUGGAGAGCAAUUCGGGGGAUAAGAUCCAAGCAAAGCGAGAGAUUCAUCACGAACAGAGUACCAUACUAGUCUAUACGUCGGUGAACAUUGUUGAUAUAGUCAUCAAAACUAACUGUAAUUGCUAAUGGCACACCUCUUUGUUUUGGCUUUCUUUCUUUGCUGCAAUUAGGCGAAAGAAAGUGUACAGUGACUUGCAAAGGAAACCCAAGGAAUGUAAUACGCAGUUGUACUUGAGCUCUCCAUUUCCAGCUGCCUGACUGUUCUUUUUAUUCUGAUCAAGGGCAACCCAGAAUUGCCAGUCGCAAGACAGCAAUGAUUUGUGAUUCAGCUUUUACUGCUUUACUGGGCCAUUUCACCCCUUUCUACAGUAGUGUUUCUUUCAUCUUUCGUAGCAAUCAAUUUGAAUGUCGAAAGGAAUCAGUAUUACAGUUGUUCGUUCAGCUCAGCCUGCCUUUUUGCGAUUCGAUGACUGGUGUAUGCAAAAGGCAAAGACACAACAAUCACUUGUUCAUUUCCGAGUCUCGUGUACCACACGAUAAGAAAUCGGAUGACUGAAGAAAUCAUCAAGACCUAGCUAGAGUACAGUUGCCCCAAGUCCAAGUCAAGAGUUGAUAUGAAUGCUAGGUCCCUUAUCUAUACUGCAACUGAUAAUGCAGACAUCAACUCAUCAGAUCAAAAAACUGUUUUCAGCCAUAGAAACAGAAUACAAUUCCAGAACCAUGACGUCCGAUUUAAUUCCCGGAUCGUGACAACUGACUUGUGUGUCAAGUAACUCCAGAUUCAAAGCAUGGUGGUGGAAGUAAACAUGUCAUCAGAUC